AUGCACCGCGUUAUCAAUAGCCCAGGAGUAGUGAAGGCCUUCCACUUGAUUGCGUUCACUACGUUCGCCUUCACCAUCUUCUACUUCAAGCGGUAUCUGGACAUUCCUCAGCCGUAUCCCAGACACCGGUUGUACGGACGAGCCAAGUACGCGUCGCACUGGAACCUAACGCUUCUCUGCUUCAUUUUCUGCUUGUCCUGCGUCAUCGACUGGGCUCCAAUCCCUUUCAAGGGACAGCUAUGUCACCUACGAGACCAUAUCUUUCUGUCUGUGUCUCUCCCAAGCUGUGUCUUCGUACCCACCUUCUUCUGGUCUAUGUACCACGUAGACAGAGAACUUAUCUUCCCAAGGUGCCUGGAACUGUACUAUCCGACGUGGCUAAACCACUUGAUCCAUACGGCCAUCCUGCCUUUCGCCCUCUUGGAGGCUAUGCUCUGUCGCCAUCGGCAACCGUCCAGGAAGGGGGCCUUCAUCACUCUCUUUGCCUAUGUUUCUUGUUACGUUACCUGGCUCAAUUACCUGGGAAUCGUGCACAGCGUCUGGGUGUAUCCUGUAUUCGAAGUCCUCUCCACAACUGGCACCAUCGCCUUCAUAACAUCCGGCUCUGUGGUCAUAUUCAUUUUCUACAUAUGCCUCGAGAAGGUCAAUAUCUUAUGGUGGGCACACCAAGGGAUGCGCUUGGACGUCCAUACUCGAUAG